AUGCGGGAUAUGUGUUUCCAGAAUUCUCUGAAAGUGCUGCCAUGUUUAGUGUUGUUUGUGCUCCAAGCUGGAAGGAAGGAAACACAUGUCACAGAUGUAAAUCUGCAUUUACUACAUUUAGACGUAAACACCAUUGUCGAAAUUGUGGUCAAGUAUUCUGUGGUGAGUGUACCACAUCCCGUGCAGUUUUACCUAAAUAUGGGAUCGAAAAAGAAGUUCGUGUUUGUGACCUGUGUUUUGAGACACUUAACAAGCCACAAACAGCUAAAAUCAGCUUCGACGCGAAAGAGAACUGAAAGAACGCCAAUUGGAGCAACAAGAAAUGAAGAUUUGGAAUUGGCUUUAGCUCUAAGCGCCAGUGAAGCGGAAUCAAACCAACAGAAUAAUCAAGUGAAACCAACAUCUAAUGUUAAUAAGCCUCCUGUGUCAUCAUCAUCAUCAAUAUCCGGAGUUGCCCAUCUUCUUCCAGUUCUGGAUACUAGUGAAAUGGAUCCAGAGCUAGCCCAAUACCUUUCUAAGCAUUAUCAGAGAGCUCAAAAUUCUACUCAUGAUAUGAAUGCAUCCAGUGUUACAUAUCACGAACAUUCUCAAGAUUUUUCUGGGCACCUACAAUCCACCACUCAGCCUAGCGCACCGAUAUAUGCUUCCAGUACACCGUCUGAUCAUGGUACAGUUUCUAUGACCAAUCUUAAAUCAGGCAUGAAUAAUGACCUCAAUGCACCGGUAAAAGGCGUGCCCGUUGGGACGAAUUCAGUUAACGAGAACAUUACCAUGAACCUCAGUGUACCAGAAGUUCCAGAAUUGACGAAUCCCAAACAAGAAGAGUUUCUAGAGGCUCUACGUGGUAGCAUAGAGUUUUUUGUAAAUCGCUUGCAAAGCAAUAGCCAAAGAGGACGUAACAUUUCAAGUGAUACAACAGUUCAGGCACUAUUUCUUACCUUGAAUGAUAUGCACCCGCAAUUACUAAACUAUAAACAUUACAUGGAGGAACGUCGAGCAUAUUUUGAGAAACUUCAAGAUAAACUGAACCAGAUUCGGGAAGCUCGUGAAGCGUUGGAUGCACUGCGUCAUGAUUAUGCUGUUCGUAAACAAUUAGAAGAACAAGAAGCAGCUCGUAUGCGUCAGCUUCAAAUAAUGCAGAAAUUAGAAGCUAUGCGUCAACAGAAGAGAGAUUCUUUAGAAUACAAACUGCGUAUAGCACUUAAGCAAAAUAUGCAGUAUCACAAGAAUUCGGAGUACCGCAACAACAACAACAACCUAUGCCAUAUACUGUUGAAUCACAGUUAUCAUCCAAACUAUUCACUACCUUACAUGUCUGGACCUAGCUACCCAUCAUUUCAACCUGUUCAAAAUGGUUAUCUACCAAGGGAUAAUAGACUGUAUACCACACAGUUUCCGGAUCCAGGUUCGGUUGUAUCUAACCAAACUGGUCCUGGUGUAUCUGUCAGUACAGGUUAUGCAGCUCCACAAUUCUAUCCUUCAUAUACUUCCAUCCAACUGCAGGGGACUCAAAAUCCAGUACCAACUGGUUCUUUCUCCAUGCAGAAUAUGCAGGCGGCCUUACCUAUGUAUGCAGGACAGGAGGAUGUCGUUCGCGAGGAUUUAAAGGGUUACCCCACAAAUCAAACAUAUCCAUCGAGUCAGUUUCUAACCGACACAAAGACUGCUCCUAAUUAUGCACCGGCGGUGACUUUAUCUAACGAAGCUCCUGCCAAUUUUGUUGAACCGGCUACUACAGAAGCACAAUUAAUAUCAUUCGACUAG